AUAAUUUCCGACGCCGAUUACUUAUUUUUCUCUCUCAUUUGACGAAUAAGAAGAAGAAAAGAAAAAUAUCUCUAGAAAAUGGCUUUGAAAAUUCUCAGCGUUUUCUUCUUUGGUCUUCUCCUCCUCGCCUUUCCUUUGCUCCAAGUUGUUCGGUGUCAAUCAGAAGCAGAGGCAGAUGUUAGAGAAGCUGUUGAAGGAGGUGAUCUUGGGAUUGUUGGUGAGGACGUUCAGGUUUUUGGUGAUUUCAAUUUUGGUCCAGCUCCAGGAAUUGAAACUGUUUGUGUUUUCCCCAAAAACAGCGCCAAAUUGGUUCUGGCUGGAGAAGAGACUGAGCUCCUCGCGGGGAUGGAAAAUGUUGGUGAGUCACAUGUGAACGUCAUUGCUAUCAGAGCCAGUGUUCAUUUCCCUUUUGAUCAUCGUAUGCUUGUUCAAAAUCUUACAGUUCAGGCCUUCAACAAUGCUACUGUACCCCCUUCAGUUCAAGCUACUUUCCCUUACAUAUUUGCUGUUAGCAAAAUACUUACAGCUUACACAUCUAAACUUUUGAUGCAGGCUGGAACUUUUGAUCUUGUGGGUACGAUUAUCUAUGAGAUCGACCAGCAGCCAUUCCAAAGUAUAUUCUAUAACGGUACCAUUGAAGUUGCUGAGGCUGGUGGUUUCCUCAGCGUUGAGUCCGUGUUUCUUGUUACCCUUGGUAUUGCACUUCUUGUUCUCCUUGGUUUGUGGCUUCAUGGUCAAUUUCAGCGUAUCAGCAAGAAAACUAAGAGGGCUCCAAAGGUGGAAGUCGGGACUAGGGCUACCGAGGCCUCAAUGGACGAAUGGCUUCAGGGAACUGCUUAUACUCAGUCGGCAUCUAAAUCAAAGAAGAAGUAGAUGACAGAAUGCUUGCGAUGUCGGGCUAUUGUAACACUUGCUAAGGUAUUUCAAAAUUGUAAGUGAGGGCGGCGCAGGUUGUUUUCGACAAUUAGGCCAGGAAAAUAGACGCAUAACUUUGUUGUUCUAGCAUGUGAGUCUUUAGUUACAUAUCUAUUUUCUUGAGGAUGCUUAAAUUGAGGCUUUUA